AUGAUUUCAAAGGCAGACUGGGGAGUUUCAUUUGCUGGAAAAUCUCCAACCUAUAACGAAGAUAGCACAAAAGAGAAAAUCCUUGUGUUUUUGUGGAAACUGGAUUUACCUGAAAAAUCUACAAAGUUGAAUAUCUAUCUAUCUAUCUAUCUAUCUAUCUAUCUAUCUAUCUAUGAUUGUGUCGCCUUCAUCGGAUCGGAUCGUUUCGUCGGCGAAAAUGCCAAAAACCUGGAAGUGACUUGCCCGAAAAAUACAAUCUUUGACAUGAAGCGGCUUAUCGGCCGCAAGUUCAGCGACCCAUCAAUUCAAGUAGAUAUUGAACAUUGGCCAUUCACAACAGUCAGCCGGAACGACCAGCCUCGUGUCAUUGUCCAUUUCAACGGUGAAGCGAAGACAUUCUCUCCAGAAGAAAUCAGUGCAAUGGUACUGAACAAAAUGAAAGAAUCAGCCGAAGCCUAUCUUCAAACAACGGUAAACGAUGUAGUGAUCACAGUGCCUGCUUACUUUAACGACUCUCAGAGACGUGCUACUCAAGAUGCAGGAAAGAUAGCCGGACUUAAUGUCCUAAGGAUCAUCAACGAGCCGACGGCGGCUGCAUUAGCGUAUGGGAUGGAAAAGAAACUCUGCGGCAAACAGAAUAUAAUGGUGUUUGAUCUGGGAGGUGGAACGUUCGAUGUAUCCAUCUUGACGGUCGAGGACAAUGUCAUUUUUGAGGUCAGGUCCACAGAAGGCGACACACAUCUCGGUGGAGAAGAUUUUGACCUUAGGAUAGUAGAUUACUUCGCUGAGGAGUUCUGGAGAAAGUAUAAUAGAAAUUUGAAGAGUUGCCCGAGAUCCCUCCGUCGCUUGAAAAAGGCCUGCGAAAUCGCCAAACGAUACCUGUCAACGAACAUGGAGGCAACUGUAGAAGUCGAUUCGCUUUUUGAAAAAAUUGAUUUCUCAUCGAAGAUUUCCCGCGCACGUUUCGAAGAUUUGUGUGUCGAUCUGUUUCGAUCAACAAUCAGACGAGUCGAACAGGCACUUGAAAACGCUGGGAUGACAAAAGACGACAUUGACCAACUAAUUUUGGUUGGAGGAUCAACACGUAUUCCAAAAAUUCGGAAGCUUCUCGAAGAAUUUAUGAAAGAUGUCAGGAUUACUUGUGAUAUUCAUCCGGACGAAGUUGUGGCUUAUGGCGCCGCCUUAAAGGCCGCCAUCGUCAGUGGUCAAUCGGACGAAUCUCUCGGACAAAUAUCGCUAAUAGAAAUAGUUCGGGCUAGUCUGGGAAUUGAGACUGCUGGUCAUAGAAUGACAAAGUUCAUCCAUAGGAAUACACGGAUACCCAUCCGGGUCUCAAAAGAAUUCACUACUUUUUCUGAUGCUCAACGAAGUGCAAUAAUUCGGGUUUUGUGUCCUAUCUAUCUAUCUAUCUAUCUAUCUAUCUAUCUAUCUAUCUAUCUAUCUAUCUAUCUAUCUCAUUCUGCCCAUAUUUAUCUAACUAUCUAUCUAUCUAUCUAUCUAUCUAUCUAUCUAUCUCAUUCUGCCCAUAUCUAUCUAUCUAUCUAUCUAUCUAUCUAUCUAUCUAUCUAUCUAUCUAUCUAUCUAUCUCAUUCUGUCCUUAUCUAUAUACCUAUCUCAUUCUGUCCAUAUCUAUCUAUAUAUCUAUCUCAUUCUGUCCAUAGCUAUCCCAUUCUGUUCCUAUCUAUCUAUCUAUCUAUCUAUCUAUCUAUCUAUCUAUCUAUCUAUCUCAUUCUGCCCAUCUUAUCUAUCUAUCUAUCUAUCUAUCUAUCUAUCUAUCUAUCUCAUUCUGUCCAUAUCUAUCUAUCUAUCAUAUCUAUCUAUCUAUCUAUCUAUCUAUCUAUCUAUCUCAUUCUGUCAUAUCUAUAUACCUAUCUCAUUCUGUCCAUAUCUAUCUAUAUAUCUAUCUCAUUCUGUCCAUCUAUCCCAUUCUGUUCUAUCUAUCCUAUCUAUCUAUCUAUUAUCUAUCUAUCUAUUAUCCCAGUCUGUUCUCACAGUAUUUAG